UUUGGACGAACUGGAAUCUGUCCCUUUAAUAAAAGUAAAGAGCGGAAGUAGUCAUCAUGCAGCCGGAAGUGUUUCUGUGUUUGCACUCACUGAAGCGACAUCAUGGGACGAGAGUCACGGCACUACCGGAAGCGCUCCAGCUCGAGGGCGAGGUCCGCCAGCAGGUCCAAGAGCCGCUCGCCCGACUCCAAGCGCUCGAAGAAGGAGGAUCCGGCUGGCUCACGGGCCCGCGAGCGCAGCAGGAGAGAGCGCACCCGCAGCAGAGAGAGGAGGAGGUCACGCUCCAGAGACCGCAAGAGGCCGAGGCGCUCCAGGAGUCGGGACAGGAGACGCACCAGCCGAGAGCGCAGGAGGAGCAAGAGCAGGAGCAGAGGGAGGAGCAAGGAGAAGCCGGAGAACGGAGACCAGUGCGCUGACAAGAAGAAGCUGAAGGAGGAGAAGGAGGAGGAGAAGCCGGAAGACCAAGACUUCGACCAGAACACGCUGGAGGAGGAGAUGAGGAAGAGGAAGGAGCGCGUGGAGAAGUGGAGGGAGGAGCAGAGGAAGAAGGCCAUGGAGAACAUCGGAGAGAUCAAGAAGGAGCUGGAGGAGAUGAAGCAGGGCAAGAAGUGGAGCCUGGAGGACGACGACGAUGACGACGAGGAGACCCAGGCCCCGGUGGAGCCGGACCCGGACGAGGAGGAGCAGGAGAAGGAGCCGGCUGUGGAGCUGGAGGAGGUGCUGGAGGAGGAGGCCGGAGAGGAGCUCGACCCGCUCGACGCAUACAUGGAGGAGGUCAAGGAGGAGGUCAAGAAGUUCAACAUGGGCACCAUGAAGGGGGGGAACGACAAGAAAGGAGGCAUGUCCGUCACUAAAGUGAUGACCGUGAUGAAGACGAGGAAGAUGCCGCACACCUCCAAGAAGAAGGGCGAGCUGAUGGAGAACGACCAGGACGCCAUGGAG